UGGUGGUGGUGUGCUACUAACGAGGUGGGCAGGCUGUUUCAGCAACAUGGGGCUGGUGCAGGAAACCUGUCUGUCAAUGGUGAUUCUGAAGGGCAUCCCAAGGCUCAAAGACUUUGCAGAGAGGGCUGCUGCACUGCAAAACUGGCAAGCCUUUCCUGAUGACCUGCUUGUCAGUGUGUACCCCAAAUCUAGUACCACCAGAGUCAGUGAGAUACUCCACAUGGUCUAUCAGGAUGUUGACCUAGAGAAAUGUCACUAGGCUCCCAUCUGGUUUCAGGUUCCCUUCCUAGAGCCCAGAAGCCCUGGUGACCCCUCUGGGGUCUCGAAGCUCUGGGAAAACACCCCAGGCCCAAGAUUCCUCAAGAUGCGCUUGCCUGUGUCUCUGGUCCCCCAGAGCUUGCUGGAUGAAGAAAUCAGUGUGAUCUAUAUUGCCCGAAAUGCAAAGGAUGUGGCUGUCUCCUAUUAUAACUUCUACAAGGCCAAGGUGCACCCUGAGCCAGGCCCCUGGGACAGCUUCUUAGAGAACUUCAUGGAUGGAAAGGUGGUGUCCUAUGGGUCGUGGUACCAGCACGUGAAGGAGUGGUGGGAGCUGAGAAACACUCACCCUGUUCUCUAUCUCUUCUAUGAAGACAUGAAAGAGGCGAGCCUGCCUGCUCCCACUUCCUCCUGUGUCACAUCUGCUGGGCAGGAACCUUACCUAGCCCUGUCCUGGCUUCUGAGCCCCAUCCUAUCCUAA